AUCUUGGGGGACACAAUGACUCGAACAGGUAUAUAUACCCUUGCAACUCACCUCUGUUGCAUCAGGUCCUUCCAGUCCUUCAACGAACAAGAUCUGUCCCUCUGUGUGAGAAGCUCUAGCGAUGGCAGUCUUCAAGUUCAACUGGCAAUAGCUCUCGGGCUUUUGGCUGUUGUAAGUGUUUAUGCUCACCCAGGACACCCAGGCGAAAAUUGCACCGAUGACACCACAGAAUGUAAGUGUCACAAACUCAUGAAGCCUCCACGCAACGCAACAGAAGGCACUGACGGCGGCCCAAUGGGAAAAGCUAUUAAAACCUGCGAAGAGAAAUUUAAGGUCACCGUCCCCACUCCACCAGCGGGUGCACCACGCUUCCCACCUCGUCUCGAAGGCAUGACACAAGAGUUCAAGGACUGCGUAAGGGAUAACUUCUUCACCAAUUUAGGAGUUAUGAAAGACGGAGCCAUCGACGUUGUUGCCAUGCAAGCCAAGUUCACGGAAAAGAUCAACGCCAACAAGAAAGCCGAUACCACUGACGCUCAAGUCCAGAAGAUCGUUGCUGCUAUUCCUGACUGCAUCAAGAACAAUGGAGGAGAAUCUGCUCUCAAGCCGCGCGAUUUCAAGGCUUGCACCGAGAAGGCCUGCGUGGCUGCACUGACUGCUUAGUAAGGAUUGAGGAAGGAGCCUCUCCCACCAAAAUAGGAUCACCGACAUGAAAGCUUUGGAGCCUGGACCCUGUGCAAUGACCUGGCUUUGAUAGAUUAGUUACUGUUUGGAAGUCUUCAAAAAUAUCUUGAAAAAUAUCUUUCACUAUGAACUCAUAACUCUACACAAUUUCUAAUUACCACUGUUAAGAUCAUUCUCUUUUAAACUCAAUAAAACUUUGGCAUUAUUGUU